UUCUGAAGUAGAAAGCAGCAAUAUAAAAUGCAGAAGGCUUUUACUGUAAAACUGGACUUUCAAGUCGUGGUUUAAAUCAGGAAUUGGUGCUGACUCCACAGGUUUCUGUGGAGUGUUCUAUUAGGGACAGACAUUUUAAAAAUAAUUCCCCGAGUCCACUUCAUUUGAGACUGUCUGUCCUGGAGCAAAUGAAAGGCUGAGAAAACGGUAGUUGAGCAAGGCAGGAGGAUAGAUGGGAUGAUUUUUUGAGCUUUCUCCAGACCUGUUUUCUGGCCUUUUUUGAUCCCUUCCUCUCGUGCGAGAGCAGAUUUAAUUCUCUUCAGGCCUGCAGCUUUACAUGUUUCAUUCUGACAAAGUUAAUUCCUCUGAGCAGGGACGUGUGCUGCUCGGCACAGCCAAGCCCUAGUCCUUCUUGGCAAAUGCAAACCGUUUGCAGGACGGUGGUGUUCACUCCCCUUCAGCAGGGGAGCAGCAGCUUCUUUGCAGCUUCCUCUCAAAGCGUUGAUCGCCCUUGACCUCUCUGUCUUUCAUUCUUGACAAAGGUGACUUUGGCUCCCGGUGGGGAGACUUCUCAGGUGGGGUCUCAGUUCUACACAGCACCUCUCUUCUGUGCAGGACAAAAAUGCAGGACUUUACAUGCCUCUUGCAGGUUGGCUUCCAGCAUCAGAGGAAGGAGAUUACAGUACUUUGGCUGGAGUCGUCAGCUUCAAGACUUCACUUCGUUCUUCAUAACUUGGAGGGAUAUGAAGCCGAUUGGGAAAGUGCUUUGUGCUACAGGGAUCAUAGCUGGGCUCCUAGCUUUCUUCUGGAAAGACCCGUUUAACGCAGAGAGCUUGUCUGGUGCCCGUGUUCUCCUGACUGGAGCCAGUGCUGGGAUUGGGGAGCAGAUGGCCUAUCAUUACGCCAGAUUUGGUGCUGAAAUUGUUUUGACUGCUAGGAGGGAAGCUGUGCUGCAGAAGGUGAUGGAGAAAUGCCUGACACUCGGAGCAAAGAAAAUAUUUUAUAUCCCUGCAGAUAUGUCUUCCCCUUCAGAGCCUGAAAAGGUGGUUCAGUUUGCUGUCCAAAAGCUGGGGGGACUGGAUUACCUGGUGUUGAACCACAUUGGUGUCACCCGUUUCCAGAUGUGGUCUGGAGAUGUGGCGUACACCCGCUGGCUCAUGCAGGUGAAUUUCUUCAGCUAUGUGGCGCUUGCAACAGCAGCUCUUCCCACCCUGGAGAAGAAUAAAGGCUCUCUGGUGGUUGUUUCUUCCCUCACAGGGAGAAUACCCACGCCCUUCACCACUUCAUAUUCUGCCACCAAGUUUGCACUGGAUGGAUUCUUCAGCUCGCUGCGCCAUGAACUCAUCAUGCAGAAGAGAAACAUCUCUAUCACGCUGUGCAUCCUGGGCCUGAUUGAUACCGAUUCAGCAUUAGCCAACACCAGGGGCAAAGUGCACCUAACUGCUUCUCCUGCUCCUGAAGCUGCCCUUGCCAUCAUCCGAGGGGGUGCCAUGCAGGUGCAGGAGGUUUUCUACCCAUGGCUGGUGACCUGGCUUCUGGGAGCACAGGCCUGUUGGCAGGUGUUUACUGACUGCACAGGACCUGUCAAAUCAGCUCUUCCUUGCUGGAAAUGCCAAGAUGGGUUGAUGAUUCCUGCACUGAAGGAAGAAGGUAGAGGGAAUUCUCCCCUAACGUUAUUCCUAUGGAUAUGUGUCAUGGCUUCUAAGUUCUAGCAGCCAAGAAAAAGCAGUCUCUGCUUGAAUCCUCCUGGGCUGGGAGGAAUAAAAGAUCCCGUGUGGGCUCCUUGGUGGCAGAGAGGAUGGUUAUUUUGUGUGGUGUUCCCGUCCGCAAUGCAUGAAUCUUGAAGGAAUUCUAAGUGCCUUUGAAAGCUGAACAUAUUGUAGAAACCGCUUAACAGGUUUGGAAUUUAUUGGAACAGCCUAUUGCUUAAAAACCAGGUUUGUCUAGGGGAUACAGAACUAAAAUGGAGUGUGCAGAGCCUUGCCAGUCGUAGUCUUUCUUCAAUUGUAGCUGGUCUUUUCCAAGGAGUGAAAAAAAGCAAGUUGAGGGGUACAUUCUGGCUGGUGAGAGGCUGCUUCCUGGGAAAGGGUCACUGCGUGCCCCACUCCUCCUUUGCUCGGUUGGCAGCGAGGUGCUAGACUAAGUACGUGCCUGUUCCGAGCUAAAUAUAAAAUCUUGGGUGCCUGCAAGAGAUGUCACUGCAGCUUCAGUUCUUAUUCUUGUUAGCGGGAAUAGUGUGUGGCACUUUUAGUCCUAAGUACAUUUUAUUCACAUCAUAGGAAGAGGCACCGAGUGUCUUCUUUCCUCUGUCCUUGCCGUUGACUGGAUGUUGACAUGACAAAGCUUUCUACGGAGCUGCAUGGAAAUAAGAACUCACCGCAAUUCACAAACUCUGGCAUUUGAACUCACCUUUCUAAAACAGCCACCUGCUCGCUUCUCGUGACAGUUUGCAGUACGCGCCUUGGCUCAGUCGCUGCAGAACUGUGUUGGUGCAGGGGCAAGGAGGCAUCAAAACCUGAGGUUGUCCCAGGCUGCAUUCUCUGCUCCUGUUCUGCUUUUCUCCAGCACCAUUGAACAGGGGUUUCCAAGCAGAAGAAAGGCCCAGGGAAACUGCUGUUUUUAAAGAAGGGGGGCUGAACCAUGGCCAUGGCAGAUGGUGUCGGUUCUCUACCAACCCCAAGCAUGUUCCUCAACUUCAGGGCAGAGAUAAGGAGUCUGGGCAUUUGCUUUCCUUUUUCCUGGUUCCGUGCAUAGCAUCAGGUGGGCUGGGCUCUGGCUCUCGAUGGAUUGAUUGAUUUCCGAUUGAUUUCCAUCAAGGUGCUGUUGAGAGAACCAGUUUUGUUCUCCCGGGUGUGAACAGAGUACGCAGGAAUUCUUAAAAAGCUCUCUGGUACCUGCACGCAGGAGCUGUGACCAGUUUGCGUUUGGCUCUGCUGGAGCUCGGCUGCUGAACUCGUGCGUUGCAGUUGGGCUAAUGUAAAUUCGCGUUUUGGGGCUCAUAUGCUGAAGACUGGCAUAAAAGUCCACAGACACUGCGGUGGUGAGAGCAAGGCAGGGUGCUGUUCUGGAGAACUCGGGCUCUGUC